CAUUCACAAUGCUGCGCAAACAAAACGGUCACACUGCAGUAAAGAACAUAAAACGCAAGCACGGCGUUUCUAUUUGCUCUGUAUUUAGCCGCUAAGUGAAGCAGUGCAAGAAGAACAACAACAGAGGCAAAAAAGGAACGCCAGGCAACAAAAAUAAAAAUAAAUUAAAAUAGAAAAUAAAGUUGAAUAACAUGUAAUGGCAUUUAAGCCUUAACUAGAACAAUUGCUGGACAAUUUGGCAGAGAAAAUCGCGGCAAGGAAGGCCGGCGGUGGCCUUUUGGCAAAGGCGAGGAGCUGUAAACAAAACCGAAACCAAACAACACACCCACAACAAACACACACACAACACAUACACACCUACACAACACACACACACACUAGUACAGUCACACAGGGGGCACAAUGGAGGCACAGAAACUCUACACAAAGCUGCUCAGUCUCGUCUUCAAAUCCGCCGCAAAUCUUUCCAAGCGGCGCCUGCAACAAAUCAGCAUCGAUAUCGUUGAACUGCGCCAGUUGCUCAGCUGUGUGGUCUGCUGUGAGCUGCUCAAGGAUCCAUUUGAGCCCAUUGAACGUCGCUGUGGCCACAAUGUGUGUCGCCUGUGUUUGCGUGGACGCAAACGACUCUUUCCCCGCUGCGAUCAAUGCGGCGAUGGUUGCGACUACAAAUCGCAUGAGGAGAACAAAUCGAUGGCCCUGCUAUUGCUCUGCUACAAGACACUCUGCAUCCAUUUGUAUCAGUCGUCGUUGUAUGCCCAACUGUUGCCAUAUCCGGAGCAUGGCGGUGGAGGAGUUGUUGGUGGCCACUUGCCGCGCAUCAAACUGCAACCGAUGACAACGCAUUGGAUCAUCCAGGAGGGCAUCAAGUACAAUUAUGAUAUGUGCGACACGUUUUUAUCUCAACACGAAUUGCCUUUCCUCAGCAGCAGCAGCAACAAGCAGCAAACGCCCUCGCUGCCCUCAGAAACGCCACCGUAUACGGCGGCAACAACGCCCGAGCUGCCCUUCGAGCAGCAUACCCCAAUGGUUGCCCCACUUUCGCUCUCCGACAUUGAGCUGGAGGCGGCGGCGACCGGCGAUGAGGUGCAGUUUGCCUCACCGUUGCCACUGUUAUCGCCAACAGCAGCCAACAUGUUGCAUCAACACAAUCACAAUUUGCCGGGCAUCGCAACUCAAUCCCAAUCCUAUUCACAAAUGCUUUUGCCAGCGGGUUACUUUAAUAAGCGCUGGACGGAUCAGGUGGACUUGUCGGAGGCACUGACGAUGCCAGCCAGCUACACCUAUGUGUUGCCCAGCAGCAAUGAAGUACAGUUGCAGCAGCUGCCUGUUAUUGGUCAAGUGGUGCAGAUGUCCACACAAACAGAAGCCCCGACGAGCUACAAGCGACGAUAUGCGGAACUCUUGCUGGAUGAGGUGCAGCAGCCUGUGGAAAUGCAACUGAUGCUUAAUGAUGUGCAGCAACAGCAGCAGCAGGUAGAGCUGGAGCAGGAGCCGCUAGAGCUAGAGAAGCAGACACAGUUGGAGCAGCAGACACAGUUCGCGCAGCAGACACAGUUGGAGCAGCAGACACAAUUGGAGCAGGCAGAGUUAGAGCAGGAACUGGAGAAGGAGCAGGAGGUGGAGAAGGAGCAGGAGCUGGAGAAGGAGCAGGAGCUGGAGAAGGAGCAGGAGCUGGAGAAGGAGCAGGAGCUGGAGAAGGAGCUGGAGAAGGAGCAGGAGCAGGCAGAGCGGGAGCUGCAGCAGGAGCAACAGCAGCAGUCAGAAUUGCAGCAGGAGCAGGCAGAGCUGGAGCCGCAGCCAGACAAUAUUCAACGUGUGAGCAGACGCAAAAAGCAGCAGCAGCAGCACAAUCAUCAACAGUUGGAACAGCAGCUGGAGCAGAAUGAGGAGCUAGUGGAGGAACAGCCAUUGCGCCGGGUCAGCCGGCGGCAUAUACGCAACCAAAAAGCAACACCUGGCUCAUUCGUACAGCUGAAGCCGCAGGAUUCAGUGCCCGAAGUUGCCACAGCAGCUUCCUCAGCUGCUGCUACAGCUGGUCCAACUCCAGCCAGUUGCACACCCCUCAUGAACAAAGAAGCAAUCACAGCCAAACCCAAAUCGGCAACCGGUGCCACUUCGGGCAAUUGUCGGUGUGGCACCACUUCGGUGCCUGGUCGUUGCACGUGUCGCAACAGUCGCUGUCCUUGCUACAUGGCGGGCAGGUCCUGCAAAUUGUCCGGCUGCAAAUGCCAUGGCUGCAAGAAUCCACAUUUGCAUGCACCACGCAUGAGCAGCAGCAGCGAAGAGGAUGUCAAACUACUUGUUGCAACGGAUACGGUCAAAGAGGAGGUGAAGCAGGAGCAGCAAAAGUCAACCCAUGCAGCUGAAGCAGGCGCAGCAACUGGAGCAACAAAUGUAACUGCAACUGCUACUGCAACUGGAGCUGGAGCAACGCCAUCGAAUUUCACUCUGGUGCCGGCAGCGCAACAAUCGGAACAUCCGCUCGUCUAUAUGAUGAAUGAGACGGGAGAUUAUCAGGGCUUCAACAUCUUCAAUGGCAAUGCGCCGCUCGAUCCGGCUCAGCUUGGCUUUCCGCGCAUACCGUUUCCGAGUAAGGAUGGCAAAAAGUCCACAACUGAAUUCAUAUACUUUAUGCCACCAGCACCGGAGGCUGUUCCACUCAAGUUGGAACAACAGGAUCCAACGCCGUCAGCAGCAACUGUAGGAGUAAAAAUCAGCGAGCAGCCGGCAAAGAAAUUGAAGAACGGCUCAUUUAUCCGUGAUAUUGUAAACGUAGUGAAUGCGAACGCCGAGGAUAGCACGGAUCUAUUGUUCGAUGAAGAGUUGGAAAUGCCAGCGUAAGCAUUGCGUGUCUCCUGAUUCGGAUACUGAUCCUCAUCUCGUCAUCGUCAACGUCAUCUCGUUGUAGCCAUCUUUGUAUAGCUUAUGUUGUGGUUGUAACGUAUUUGAUUUUGUUGUGUUUGUGCGCCUAGGUAGAGAAAAAGUUUUGUAAGCAAUGUGCUGUACCUGCGACUGCUGCUUGAUUACAUAUAUACAUAUACUAUAUACGAUCUGCUUGCUCAGAUACAGGUACAGAGCAUGUUUCAAGUCGGCAAACAUCCAUUCGACUUGCAGGCUCUUCUUUCAUCCGUUCAACAUUUUGUUUUCUUACAGACAGUUUUACACUGACCGAAACAGUGGCUAAUCAAUCCUUCAAAUCACAAACUGAAAUUAUUUAUUUUACAUCACCCAACAAUUUUUUUUUAUUUUUUUUCGUAUAUUAAGUUAAAUGUACAUUUCAAAUGUAAUAUGAAGUAUCGCAUAUAAAAUGAUUAUGUUUAUGCAUCUCUGUCAGGACUUGUACCUUAACCAAUCUAUGUAUGAAACUCAAAGCAAUAGUCUCUGAAACGGUAACAUUUCUAUAUAUGCAACGAAUUGUAGCAGGAACAAGAGUCAACAAACAGCUAACAACAAAUUGUUAACACUUAAUGCAUACUUUAUUCUAUGACCGUAGCUUUGCUUCACCAAAAAAAAAAAAACAACAAAAAAACGACAAGAAUAUAAAUGUCGAAAAUUAUGAUUUCUGUAUAAUAGAAAUUAAGUACAAUUUUUUGUCAAUACGCCUAAGCCAUUUUUUUUUUCAUAUUUUUAAGAGAAGUUUUUUUUUGCAUAUCUUUAAGUCACUUUUUUUUCAUAGGCUAAGAACCUUUUUUUGAGCAUGAAACGCAUACCCUUUUUUUGAGCAUGAAACCUUUUUUUUGAGCACGUGGAAAACCAUUUUUUUUUUUCAUAGUUUAAGAAUAUUUAUACUCGCAGUUAUGAAAGUAAAUUGCAAUAAAGAUAAUUUUGCAAAUCAAAUACUAUACGAUAAUGAACUUAACACUUAAGCAAAAAAAAAAAAAACAAACAAACCAAUGAAAACUGAAUUA